AUGCCUUCGAGUCCAGUGUACACUCGUCUCGAACAGUCGCAAAAGCAGAUAAGAGUACUCAUCAUUCAGCCGGGCCAACCUGAGCAGCCCGUGCGAUGCGCAUUCGACUUCAUAUCUCUCAAAGGCAUCCCAAUCCCGCCAUACGAGACUGUUUCGUAUGCUUGGGGCAAAGCAGUGUUCUCGGAAGAAAUCUACGUCAACGACCAAGUCUUCAAGGUCGCGAUCAAUGCGAAGAAUGUGCUAGUGGCCAUGCGAUACCCUGACAGACAGAGAAUAGUCUGGAUCGACGCCAUAUGCAUCGACCAGGGUGACCUGGAAGAUCGUAAUUACUGCGUUCAGCUUAUGUGCGAGAUCUACUCGAAUACGUGCGCAGGCUUUGUCUGGCUGGGUGAAGACGACAUCAACGCCAAGCAGACCUUUCGAGCCCUGGAAGAAAUGUACGACGAGGCUAGGCUGCAGACCAAAGACUUUGCGACCUUCAAGGAGACUGUCUGGCCGCAAUGGUGGAACGUGCACAGGCCGCCGACAAGCGUCAAGUACAAUCCGGAAGCGAUGGCGCGCAUGUUUGAGAAGUCUUGGUUCGCAAGGCUAUGGGUUGUUCAGGAAGCGGCUCUGGCACCUGACAGUAUAUGUCAUUGCGGAUCAAGCAGCAUACCUCUGACGCACCUUCUUCGAGCUGCUGUAUGGCUUUACAGUCAGAGCAAGGCCUUGCCGCAGCCUAUGGUGCGGACGACUCUUCACGGAUUGGCUCGAGCAGUACAUGUAGCAUCUUAUGCGGACUCUAUCUUCGAGGUUCCGUUCCAGGCUGAGACCAAUCUUCUUUGGAUGAUGAACACGCUUCGGCAGUACGAUGUAUCUAUGGACCAGGAUCAUGUCUACAGACUGCUUGGCAUGUACCAACGAUUCAAGCCUGGCCUCGACGCUCUUCCAGCAGGCAUUGCGCCCGAUUACAGUCGAGCAGUGCGGGAUAUCUACUGUGAUGCCGCCAAGCUCGCGAUGGCAGAGCUGAACAGCGCAGAUACUUUGCUUUACGUCUGCCAUAGAACGACCGAAGAGGUUAAGACCAAUUGGCUGCCCACAUGGAUACCGCAAUGGCAGCGCAAGCAAGAUCUCGAAGUCGACUACUUCCCUCUGAAUCACAAAGGGUUCCAUGCAGGUGGUCCAUCGUGCACCGUGGGUUCUAAUGUCUUUAUGGAGGGCCGACUCGACGUGCUUAGUCUUGAAGGCUUCAUUCUGGACGAGAUCCAUUCUGUCGCGCCAGUGUUUGUGGCGAGUAUGCUGGAAAAUGCAGAGGGGCUCCUCGUCUGGGUUAAGCACAUUGAGGAUUUGGUGCCAGGGUCCGACCUUGAUAAUGGCGAUCUAGCGCUGACACUGAUCGCUUCACUGUCCCACGCGAGAGCUCUGAUGACUCAAAAGCAGGCCCAGGCAGGCUAUGCAGCUAUCAAGCAUUUUAUGGUUGAGCACGGCCACUUGCCACGGAUCAAGGACAAUUACCAAAAGCCAAAUGCCAGUAUUGCGCAUGCUUACCUCGAGGCGUUGAGCAGAUGGUCUAAGAACCGUUGCUUUUUCAUCACCUGCAAGGGCUACAUAGGCAUCGGCCCAAAAGUCGUGAGGAGUGACGAUGUGGUGGUCAUACUACAGGGUUGCAGUGUGCCGUUGGUAUUGAGGCAUUAUCUGCGAUCUGAGGCCUCGUACUUUGUAGUUGGGCAGGCUUAUGUCAAUGGUGUUAUGUUCGGGGAGGGGGUUGUAGCGCACAGAGCAAGAGGACGGUGCGACGAUAUUAUGCAUCUUGUGUGA